AUGUUCGGUAACGGAGGCUUAGCUCUCCCGGUUUGCUCCUUUCUCCUACUGCACCUCCCGGUUCUCCCGCUAACCAACAACUGGCCCGUUAAGGACAGAAGUGAAGGGAGGGUGGAGCAGCGCAACAUCCAUCUACAAUCACACAGCUUUGGAAGUCAGAAUGUCAAACAUACAAGCAACAAGGAGGAGGUGUUUCAGUGGUGGGGAGAGUGGUCCAGUUGGUCCUCUUGUUCCAGGAGCUGUGGAGGAGGAGUGAGGAGUCAGGAGAGACACUGUCUCAUACAGAGGAUGUCCACCACCCAGAACGUAAACAGCUCAUAUUGUGUUGGCUCUCCUAAACAGUACCAGCUCUGUCCAAACCAGCCCUGUCCCAGCCCCAGUGUGAGCUUCAAACAGCACCAGUGUUCCCAAUUCAAUUCUAAAGCAUUUGGAAGAAGAUACUUCCAGUGGAUACCUCUUUACCCAGCUGAUUACAUCAGCAUCUCCAAUAAGCCAUGUGACCUGCAGUGUACUACCAUGAGUGGUGAGCGACAGCUGCUAGUUCCCGCCCACGAUGGUACGUUCUGCCGCGAUGCCAAAUACCAUGGAGUCUGUAUAGAGGGAAUAUGUAAGGCUGUAGGUUGUGAUGGGGAGCUGUACAGCACUAAGACAGUAGACAGAUGUGGAGAAUGUGGAGGCAACGGGACGUCCUGCCAGCGCAUCUCUGGAUCAUACAGGAAGGCACUCGCACAGUUAGGUUAUGUGUUCAUAGCCAACAUCCCAGCUGGAGCUUCAGACAUUCAGAUAAUAGAGAGACACAAGACUGAGAACAUCCUGGCCCUGUCAGAUGAAGCUGGUCAUUUCUUCUUCAACGGAAACACUGUGUUUGACAAUCCUCAAAACUUCCAUGUGGCAGGAACGGUGUUUAAAUACAGACGUCCAGGCAAUGUAUUCUCUGAUGGGCUGGAGUAUAUCAUUGCCCAGGGACCGACACUUCAGGGCCUGAAUGUUAUGUACUACAACCUGAAUGGGAAGCUCCCCCACAUCACCUACGAAUACACCGUCCCCCGCACAUCUCAUGACAUCCCUGCUGCACAAAGCAUCACCACAGGCCAUCUUAACCUCACCUACAACGAGGUGAAUGACGACAUCAGAGGGGAUCAACUUAGAGCGACCAAUCACAGCAGAGGGAGUGUGACAUCUGUCCAUCACUACAACACCCAGCUGGAAGCUGAGGAACAAUCAGAUGUGAAGCUGCAGGAAGAUGAGGAGGAGGAAGAAGUGUGGGAGAUCAGGACCCCCAGCCCUCCACCGCCUGCUGCCAUGUUGCUGUACAGAGCUGCAGAUGUCACCAGUCACGUAUUCAGCCUUAAUGAUGUGGAGGAGCGAGGACCUCCAGUACCAUCCGGAUACCGGAGUUCCUCCAACGCGAUUGACGAGCCAUCCCCUGCAGAUGACAACACUCUAGUUCUUGCAAAUGGUGUUCUCUCUGCAGCCCUGCCAGACGAUGCCCCCCAUCUUCUACUGGAGGACUUACAUUACAACCAGUCACACUCAAACACACACUCCCUCACACAGUCGAACACACACUCUGUUGAACACCCACUCACUGAUCCACAAUCACCAGCACAAACACAUGUGCAAACAGUACACUCAGACAUGCUCACAGAUACUGACACACACUCUGUGACACACACAGAAAGAGAAAGUGGCACACACACUGCCAUCUUUGUGCAGCUGCAACAGGUGCAUGCAGUCCAGGCAGCCAACACAGAGAGUAAUGACUUUGAUGUGGGUCUGGACCCGGAUAUUAGUCUGGCAGACAUGUAUCGCUGGAAAGUUUCUGCCUAUGCUCCCUGCAGCUCCACCUGUACAACAGGUAUCACCACUAGCUAUGCCCUCUGUGUCCGUUAUGAUGGUACUGAAGUGGAUGAUAGUUACUGUGACUCUCUGACCAGACCGGAGCCCACACAUGAGUUCUGCACGGGGAAGGAAUGUCCUGCAAGAUGGGAGACCAGUGGUUGGAGUGAGUGCUCUCGAACGUGUGGUGAGGGUGUUCAGUAUCGCACUGUGCGCUGCUGGAAGAUGCUGUCGCCCGGUCUUGACUCAUCCGUCUACGAUUCACUGUGUCUGUCACAUGACCUUCACAAACCAGCCAAUAGAAAGGUCUGCCUUGGCCAAAGCUGCGGACCCCAGUGGGAGGUGUCUGAGUGGUCAGAGUGCUCGGCGCGUUGCGGCUCUCGGGGUGUCCGUACUCGGGAGGUUCGUUGCUCCAUGGAGAUGAGACUAUGUAACAAGUCUUCUCAGCCAAUAGAAAGUCAGGAAUGUGAAGCGCCGUCCUGUGACAGAAGGUGGACUGUGUCUGACUGGGGACCUUGCACCGGUGUGUGUGGAGAGGGAAGGAUGGCGCGUGCAGUGACGUGUCGAUCAUCGGGUGGGGUAGUGAUGUCAGAGGAGCAGUGUGACCAAUCUCUGCGCCCGCUGGCCAUCUAUCCCUGUGGCGACAGAGAUUGUGCCCCCCACUGGGUGGAACAGGAAUGGCAACAGUGUAAUGCUACAUGUGGGCGUGGGGAGCGGCAGCGUCAGGUGGUGUGUGCUGGGCUGGAAGCUGGUGUCUUCAAAGAGUUUCCAGACAGCAGCUGUGAGCGCAGCAUCAGACCAGAGAGCAGCUCCUCCUGCUUCCAGAGACCCUGCUCCAAAUGGUUCACCACAUCCUGGUCUCAGUGCAGUAAGACCUGUGGGAGUGGCGUCCAGGUUCGUGAAGUGAAGUGUUACCAGGGGGAGGAGCUUGUAACCAGGGGCCACAGCUGCGACUCUGCCCUCAGGCCAGAAGCCAGACAGAGCUGUGAAAUCCAGAGCUGCCCGACGGAAGCACCAGCGGCAGCCCCAGCAGCCUCAGUAGUAGUAGAAGACUCCUGCCAAGACAAACCAACAGCCAACUGUGCCCUGGUCCUGAAGGUGAAACUGUGUUCCCAUUGGUACUACAGAAAGGCCUGCUGCCAGUCCUGCAAGGCACCGAGACCCUGAAGUCUAACUGUAACCUCUCACCUCAAACCACUGGUACCAAAGGUCACAUUACAUUCAUAUUGGUGCUACACAAAAGCCUGCUGCUAGCAAUGUAAGGCCUUAUGACGUUCAUUGUAACCUUGUAACUCUUCCUCCUAUCACUGAUGUCAAAGGUCAACCUGUGGUCACUGGCUAUACCUCCACCCUGUCAAUGUCUUAAUCUGUACUCUUGUUUCCUUGCUUCUAAAUUCAGUCUGUUUUUGUACGUAGUAAUAUCAUCGCUACUAAAGAUUACCAAUCAAAAUGACUCCAAGUGCUUCCUCAGAGUCAUCAGUAAAAUGGCUGUGCAGCUAAAGAACAGUUCCUGCUCUGUAACUGGAAGUUAAUCUCAAGUACUGAAAGCAUAAAACAGCUCCAAGGCUUCAGCUGGCUCCACCUGAUGGAGGCAGCGUUCUUCUUCAUCUAUUCACUCACCUCCUCCUGCACGGACAAUGUGAAGACUGGCUUUAGGACACACUGGGCUCUGUCCAUCAACUUCCUUUACUGCUUCAUCCUCGUCCUUCUCACCGUCACACUCACCAUCUUAAGGACUAAAAAGCCUCCUCUUCAUCUAUCCCUCCCUUUGUACCUCCCAUCACAUUUUAAACAUGAUGCUACAUAAUAAAUCACUUCUUCAUGUGCUCUGUUCCACACCCAAAGCACAUGAAAGCCCUGAGGCAGCUUUGUUGUAACUGUGGCAACAGACAAGGACAGACUGGACCCGGGUCAGGGUGCUGCUGUCCACACACAGCCCUGUACACGUUGUUCAGGCUGUACUGCUGGUGCCGUGCGGCUGUGUAACUCUGCUCUUUUUUCUGCCACUUCAAAACUUUUAUUUACACAAUAUACAACAGACCCAACACAGCCCGACACCCUGGACUCACUAAUGUAACAGAAGUACUGUAGCUCCCUUUUUAAUAAAGAUUCUUCUUUGUACCAGCUGAUGCAUGUCACAGCUCCAAAAUUGGCAAACUGCAGCACCUCCUCACACAGCUUCCUCUUGGAGCCACAAAAUUCUCUAUACAACUUGUUUUCGCAGUAGUACUCCCCAACACCUGAAAACACACUUCGAUGUCAACAAAAACCUACAAUGUUCAAUGCAAAAGAAAGUUUCUGUACUCCUGUAGACAGCUCAGAUGUGACCGUUCCAAUGAAAUGAAAGUCCAUCACUGGAGAAGCCUGAGAAUAGAAGAAGAGUACAAAGAGCUGAGGAGCGUUGUGAGGCUGCCAGGGAUCUGAUACACUGUGUUGUUGUCACAGAGCUGCUGCUGCUUACUGUAUCACACAUAAAGAAUAAAA